GUUAUUUUACUGUCAUGCAGUGUGAAACAUAAAUAAAGCUAAAUAGUUUUUACAAAAAUCAUGACUUAAUACUGAGGCCUAAACGAAUAAUAUGAAAUAUUAGAUUUGAAAAUACAACCAUCCAUUAAAUAUUUGUUUUAAUUAAUGACAUUAUGGAUGGUUUAAUUCACGCGGCAUUGGAGGCAGAGUUAAUACUUAAUCGAGCGAAACAUGUGAAUACUAACUCGUCACAAUUUGACAGUGGUGUCCCAGACCAUAAAAUGACUUGGACUCAUGAUAAGAUGCAUCUGGCUGAGUCUGUUGAUGAAUCUAGAAUGAAAUUUCAAAGAAACUCUGUUGGCUCCAGUGCUUCUAAAGUGGAAAAGUUCGAUUUGUUUAAGAAACUACAUGAACUGUACACCGAGUUGAGUAGAGAUGAAACGUCUCUGUCCAACUUUCAAGGGUUAAAGACUACAUCAAAUCUACUGGAAAAAUUGUUAGCCACUUAUAAUCUCAAUACUCUGAUAAUUAAUUUAUACCCUGGCAAUAAAGGAUAUUCUCUGUCACUUAAAGUGAAUGGCAAUACACAGUAUCUCCACCCACCUGAUGCUAAUACGUCAGGAAGCCAGGACGAAACGUUAAUAGAAACUCCUCGGUGGCCUUACGAAGAAGAAGAACUAUUGAGCUACAUUGACAAUGAAGAGUUGCCAGUGGUGUUGCUAGACUUAUUGGAGUCUGAACACUCCUGCCUGUUUUACUCCGGGUGCAUAAUAGCACAAGUGCGAGACUAUAGACAAGCCUACCCUAGUUUCUUAUGUGAUACACAUCAUGUCUUGUUAAGACCCACCAAUCAGAGUAUAUUAACAGACGCGAUGUGUAUCGGCGGGCGGUGCGGUUGGGCGGGCGAGGAUCGCAGCGCCCUCGAGGCAGUCGAAGCGGCGUUGGUUCACGCUGCGGCGCCCCCGCUAUGCCUCGAUCCUAGGCCUGCAGUAGGCCUUCUAGCGGCUCGCUUGCACGCCGCCCCUCGUCUAUUCAACACGCCAAGAAUAAGGCGGCAAGCGAAAAAAUUCUCGCAGGUUGCUGUGAACAGGAAGAGAAAAUUGGAUCAAUUCACUCACUAUCACGGAUUAGAGUUGCUCGAGCUAAUUCACAGGCAAAGAGCGAAAAAUAGCCGGCAAUCAGUACCUCACACUAGACUCACAUCUAAAUACCCGAAGAAACCACCAGAGGUAUUCAAGCCAAUAGAGCCACCGAAAAUGGAUUCUCUAUCGCUAGCUAUGCCUUCCGAGCUCACUGGUCCAAUACGAUUGGCGCGGGCCUAUGAGCGCCCGCGACCAACUCCUGACUGCCAGCCCCAAUUAGUUGAAGAGUACAUUCUAGAAACUGAGAAAACGUCACCACACGCUGGCGCGGGCUUCUUCCACAUAAAGCUCUCAAUACUGCAGAGACCGUCCGAUCAAGAGUUCCUGGGAGAGUUGUAUGUGGACAGAGAUCACGUUGAGGGCGAAAGAAAUGGCGCCGCGUGUCGGUUUACCUUAGGAUCAAGAGUUCAAGCAAACAAGUACAUACAACAGUUCACGGAGAUAUUUACAGAAGAAGGUCGUAAGUCAGUUAGGAUAAAGCAUAUUGUGCCAGGACAGUUGCCAAGAGUCUCUUUCACUGGUGGCAUGAGAGAAUUGGGUCAGCAAUUAUUGCUGCAGCAAAGAUCUUCAACCGCCACAAGUGCGACAGUUCAAACGCACGCCACAACUGUGCCGAUCGUGACAUCGGCAAUAGCGGCAACUCCGAAUACUCAUACCAAUGCGCGUCAGUUACCUAUCCUGCAGGCACAACUUCAGCAAGUUGGCAGCAUAGGCACCGUGACUGCAGUCGGGAAUGUAGUGGGCAGUGUGGGUGCUGUGGGCACCGUGGCCAACGUGGCCAGCGUUGGCAGUGUGGGCAGUGUGGGCAGCGUGGGAAGCGUGGGCAGCAUUGGCAGCGUUUCCGCCGAGUCUGCACUGAAGCAGCAACCGUCGCCGAGCACGCCGCGUUUGUCGCCGCAGGUUCACGACAUGCAUUCGUCGCAGGCGUCGACAAACCAGCUGCUCGCGCAACAGUUAACGAACCCACCGCAGCCGCUGAAUCCACAGAAGAUGCAGUCAGCUAUCAUACAUAUUCAGCAUCCACUCAUAUCCACCGCUGGCACCUCACAGGUACAAAAUAUCCAGUACACAAGCAGUACAACGGGCCAACAAAAGGCGACAAUCACAAAGCCACGGACGACGAAUCCCGCUAUAAGCGCGCUCGUCACCAGCCUUAUGAAUUCAGCACAACAGUUUCAGCAAGCAAACGCGAACGCAGCAAAGACAUCAGUAACCACAGCAGGCGGCAACAACGCCACGAUAUUGAACCUUCUGAACAGUGCGCCGGCGGCGAUGACACAUGCUACGUCAUCGGCGGACAACACUAUCGACGCCCACAAGUUGCUGGGCCGAGUGUCAAUAGCUGGGGCCCGGCUUAUAGCAGCAACUACGGCUUCGCAUACCCUACCCACUUAUACUCAGCAGGGAGUCGGUGUCCAAGUAAUGAGCGGGUUCACGCGCGACAACGACCAGACAAACGUGUCGUCUAGCGAGAGCGCGUUGCUCGAACGGCUCAUAGGGAACGAGCCGUCUGGCUCGCAGCCACAACCUGUUUGCCACUUACAGGGCUUAAGCUUAGCAUCGCUACAAGGGCUGCAAGGUCUGCAGAACGUGCAAGUUCAAAUCCCCGGGUUCUCGGCGCCUAUAUCUUUAUCACUAAACGUAUCGGGCGCUCCCAGUGGAUUGUUGGUGUCGGUGCCGCCUACCACGUCUGUUGUGCUGGCUAACCAGCCUUCUGUGCUGUCGCUGCCUAUCGCCCAGCUGAUGUCGGGCGGCGUCAAGGGCGCGGUCCGCGGCGGGUCCGUGCAGGUGGUGCGUGGCACGCGCGCGCCACGGCCGGUGGCGCGGCUGGCGGGCGUGGCGCCGGCCGCGCGCCCGCACGCGCUCGCGCCGCUACAGCCAGCCGCGCCGCACGCGCACCACGCGCCGCAUGCGCAGCCCGCCGGUGAGUAA